AUGAUGUUCAAAACGGCACUCCUGCCACUGGCGUUCCAGCUGUUCGCUGCGUCGGCUUCACUGGCGAGUCCCACACCGGUUGCCAAGGCAGAGCUGUGGAAGGCUGCUGUUGUCGACUCCAUCAACGGCACUGAUGCCAGAGCCACGUCAACCACUACUUCAAAUGUUGCUGCCGCAGCAUCGCCGCAAGAGACUCCUGGCUUUGUCAACAACGGCACUAUCGGAAGCUACCCUUGCUUGUACAACUCGCAGACCGAAGGCUCGCAGCUCAUCCUAGGCUCCGGCUCCACUGUACCCGGCACACAGUGUCCUCAAGCCUUGCCUGCUGUCUACCCAAACAACCGCAUCGAGCUUCGCGCACCGGACGACUCGAUCCGUGCCACCUUCCAGCCGUACGGGUCCGGCGUUACUGAGCUGUGGGUCAAGGAUCGAUGGGGUGGAUGGAGAGAUAUCGUGCUUGGCUAUGACAACACCACAAACUGGGCCACGGACCCCAACCAUCCCAACUUUGGCCCCAUUGUCGGUCGAUACGCCAACCGCAUCAAGAACGGCACUUUUGAGCUCAACGGUCAGACAUACAACAUUCCAAAGAACGAGAAUGGUUUCGACUCGCUUCAUGGCGGAGACAUUGGUUAUGACUGUAGCAACUACACAAUCUCCAAGUUGAGCGCCAACGAGCUUAUUCUCGAACACAUCGACUCCGAUGGAUUCCAGGGUUUCCCUGGUCAGGUCAAGACGUACACUCGCUACACGCUCUCCAAGAAUGCAACAUGGCACAUUGAGCUCAACGCUACAGCGACCAAGGAGACUCCGAUCUUGCUCUCUUCGCAUGUCUACUGGAACUUGGACGCCUUCAAUGAGACGGCCUCCAAUCUGGACUACGUCGUCCACAUGCCGUAUGCAGAUAAGUAUAUCAAGACAGACACUAUUCUCAUCCCCACUGGUCCCACUCCUUCCGUCGAAAACACACCGUACGACUUCCAGACUGCCACACCGCUUGCGAAGAACUUCAACGACACUCUCGGCAUCUGCGGCUACGAAUGCAAGGGCUGGGACUCAUGCUUUGUCAUGUCGAACCCUCCUGGCUAUGAUACCGCCAAGCCUGUCGUUGAGAUGUACAGCCCCAAGUCGGGUAUCAAGCUCUCUGUCGCUACGAACCAGGCGGCUGUGCAGAUGUACACUUGCACAGGCGUCAACAAGCCAGGCAAAGGUAUUCCGAGGAAGCAGGUGCACGGCGGUAAGGUCGGCAACGACAUCGGCGAAGUUCAGUAUGAGAACGACGAGUGCGUCGUGCUCGAGAUGGAGGACUACAUUGAUGGCAUCAACAACCCAGAAUGGGGUAGGAACCAGAUCUACGGUCCCAAUAGGCCGUACCACUGGAAGUCGACUUAUACCUUCACGACUGUUGACGAAAACGGCAAGGCCAUGUAA